AUCGUUUAGAACUUUGGUACUAAACGGCACCGCGAUCAGUUCUAACGGGUUCGUCAUUUCCGUUUAGUCGUUACGCCACCUACGCUAUUGAGUGCGCUAAACUUGGAUAUUUUUCUCUGCUCAUAAACAAUUGAAUGUUGGAGUAAAUUCAGAAUGUCAUUUCAACUGGUGUGCAAUCAUAAAAACUGUUUAAAGCCAAUUUCGAACGUUGGCUGGGUGACUGCAUGUUUACAUAUUUUCUGUGAAGACCACGGAAAGCAAUUGAAACUGCGCUGGGAAUCAAUGACGUGUCCUGCGUGCGGAACUCAUUUCGAGGAAGAGUUUGCUAUUAAUGAACGAGUAGUAAAUCCUUCGAAAGAAUUCAAAUCCAGCGAUUUGUUGGGUCUCAAACCGGAUAUUGUCCUCCAAAUAGCUUCAAACGCUAUAAAUUUUUGGACUCAUCAAUGCAGUCUACAAAUGAAAAUGAUGCGACAUAAACUCGAUCAAUACAGAUCGACUCUUAUUACGACGAAAAGUGAAUUGGAGAAAAAUAAGGAGUCCUACGACAAUAUGAUCAGAAAAAUUCACACGAAAUUAUACGACGCCAAUAAGCGGAUCAGACAACUUUCAUUGGAGGUUUCAGAGAAAGAUCGACAAAUCAUAAAAUUUCAAAGGACUCGCUGUGGUUUUUGCUCAUAAUCUGGAAAAUGUAUUUUAUGUUGGGAUUGUUAUUUGACAUUUUGGAGUAAUUGGUAGCAAGAACUUCAAGAGAUGAAAUUAAACUGCAAGUGAUGACGUUUCUUUCCUUGAAGGAAAAACACUGAAAAAGGAACAACUGACUCCCGAAAUACGCUUUUUUUAAUAAAUUAAAUUACUUGGAAGGCAAAAAGGGUUUCAUCACUUUAAAUUUAGAGUUUAUUUGUUUGAUAUUCUGACAUUUAUUUAAAUAUUUUUA